AAAAUCCUCUCUCAUUAGCUGAAAGCUACUGACACAAAUAUUCCGCAGUGUAAAAAUUAGUCAGCAUAUACUGAGCUCGGUGUGAAUAUAUUUAAGUGGCAAACUGUUUUACAUUCUGGGGAAUAUUUGUAUUUCUACGCGCACGUUUAAAUCAAGAAAGUACUAAUAAUACAAUGUUUAUGCCAAAAGAAACAUUGGAUCAGGCGUGUGAUGUUGUCUUGAUAGUCGAAGAUGGAGAGCUUGAAGCUCAUAAAGACAUUCUUUCAAAAGCAAGUCCUUUCUUUGAAAAGCUGCUGAAUAGCGACAUGAAAGAGGCUAAAGAAGGAGUAGUUCGGUUGGAGAUGUUCACCGAGUCUGUAAUGAGAAACACACUAAAGUUUAUUUACACCGGUGGGGUUCAGAUUUUAAAGGAAGACGAUGCCCGAAACCUGGUUGUGAUUGCAGAUUUUUUAUUCCUUGAGAACCUGAAAACAUUUGCUGCGCGGGCUCUGCUAAAGAAAACGGAAAUGAAUAUUUCGAAUUGUAUCUCAACUCUUCGCUGAAGGUUUGCUGAAGGAUAUCACUGCGGCGAACUUGUUUCCAAAACCAAGCAUUUCAUCCAUAAUAACUUUCCCGCCAUCUACAAUGCUAAACGUGAAGUUGUUUUGAGUAUGGCGCACACAGAAAUUGCAAAUUUGCUUUCAAGUGACGAGCUUUGCGUUGACGCCGAAGAAGAUGUUUUUAACUUUGUUCUGACGUGGAUCGAAUUUGAUAGAGGUAAUCGAGAAAGAUAUUUCGCUGAGAUAUUUCGUCACGUUCGAUUGGUUUACAUAUCACGUGACUUUCUAUGCAAUGAUGUAGUAACACAUGAUUUGGUGAAAAGUAACAGAGACUGUUUAGAACUGGUUAAUGAGGCUAUCAAUAUGGUUGACUGUAAAAAGUUUGAGAAUCUCCCUUUCAAGCCCAGAAAGUCUCUUGAGACUUCUGCUAUAGUGAUAAGUGAUAAGAACAAAUUAAUGUGUUAUUUUCCUGUUGAGAAUGACUGGGUUACGCUAGGCAAGAUUCGUUGUGGAGAAUUUGGCACUUUGCGUGAUCUUUUUCCUUGCCAUGAUAAAUUGUACAGCACGAAAGUCAGACCGACUGCACAAGAUUCCUGGGAACUAGUUACCGUCGGCUACAACCCAUACUGUAACACUUGGACAUCACCGGUAUCGACCCACGAAAACAGAUACGUCCGAGAAAUAUUUGUUGCGAAUGGAGACGAAAUAUAUGCUCUGCUUUCAGUGCCAUGCUUUCUGUCCCACGAACCUCUUUGCUGUGGACGAGUAAGUGGAGCACACCCUCUUUGUCCCAAGAACAAACAUCUCUCCUACAUUACCAAAUACAAACCAGAAUCAAACUCAUGGCAUGACAUUGCGUCAUUUGAUUAUCUGGAUUUAAGACAAGGUUUUUGCCUUGUGGCUCAAGGAAACUUCAUCUACUUCGUUAGUGGUUUUGUGUUGGAUGGAGACCAGCGCAAGUACCUUAAUGAAGUUGACAGGUAUGAUUUUGACAAAAACCAGUGGAGGAAACUAGCAAAUAUUCAAGUAGCUAGGGAGUGGGCCUCGGGGGCUGCAACAAGUGGAAAAAUUGUUAUUUUUGGAGGGGAUAUCAGCAAAUAUCAUCAGGUGUCACAAAACUGCCAGUGUGAAUUGUACGAUGAAACAACAAAUGAAUGGCGCUUCAUCAAAACUUUGAAAAUUAGACCUGGUUCUUUCACAAAGCUCUUAAUCAUUGACGGGAAGAUCCAUGCUUUCUGUAAAGAAGAAAAGCGUCACAAUGGAAGGAGGUUUGAUCACAAACUGAUUGAAUUGUAUGAUUCUGACAACAAUACUCAGAGUCUGAUUACAAGGUCAAUUUUAUCUUCGAGAUUUCGCUGUUAUGCUCAGAGUCCUUCAGUGAAGGUGUUCAGAGGAUUUUUUAACAACUGUAAGAAGGGAAACUUGAGUGAUGAUGAACUUGCUGGUGCGCCUUCAGCCCCUGCUGGGAACAAGAAAAAAUGCUCAGUCUUGUAACUAAUAAACUGAUCAUGGCUUUUCUCAAUAUUUCCGGCCCCUUUCUAGCAUGAACUUUCAAAAUAAUUUUUUUUCUUAUCUAGACCAAUGGAUGUACUGCCGGGCAGUCCAACCUGCUUCGAACAUCUGUGAAGGUUUCGUUGAAAUAAGUGUGAUGAAGUUGUACAAUGUUUGUUGAAUGGUAAACGCGACAGCACCGUGGACAAAACAGUAGCAUAACACUAAGAAAACUGCAUGCUUACAAGUCUUGCCCCAGAGACACAUCUGCCUUGAUACCGGUGUAUGAUACUUAGAGUCUUGUGUUUCGAACAGGAAUAGGCGAGAUAUGUUAUAUUGGUUUGAACGUAAUUUGCGUAUACAAUGAGCGUUAACACUUAAAGAUAACUAAAGAGAGUGACAACGCAGAGGAUAUUCGUCUUGAAUUUUCGAGUAAGCCGAAAAGGAAACAUAGACCAUUAAAAUGAACUGGACAGUAGCGAAACGCAUUUUUCCAUCUUGAGCCUUAGCGCCAACGCGUUGGCGAUUUUUA